AAUUAGAGGAGCAAAUUAUGGUUAACCGAACUUUGUGACCACGCGAAAUUUCAAACUGGUGGCCCUGCCACAAUCCGCGAAAUUUCUUUGCAUUUCUGAGGGAAGAAAUAAGCAGCAACCCAAUCCGCAUCCAAAUUGAACUUCUCCCAUUUGCGCGAACCACUUUCCGUUGUAUUUCCCCGUCACUACAUCUACGCGAUUAAUGGCACGCGGAUUUGAUUAUUCAAAUUUCCUUCAUCAAAUGCAAUUAGAUUUUCAAAAUUGUCAGGCCUGACUACAAAUAAUAAUCUCUCAAUCUCUAACACGGAGUAUAUCUGAUUGCAAGUGUACAGUAUAUAUAUUUGGUAGAGGAGGAAUUUGAAAACCUCCACUGCCGGGAGUCAUAAUUCACUUUUUCCAGUGCGUAUGGGUGAAGUCACAGUUGGAUAUCCAGCCGAUUAACCGAAUUUUGGGUGUAUAGGGAAGCAUUUCUGGACAAGAAAAGCAUCCGCCUUUUUAUUACCGGACAGGUUGGACAGAAGACGGCGGACCUUGGCGAACUAUAUGAAGACGCCCUUUAGCUAUUGUUGCCUUAAAAGCAAGGGUGCAGCUGUGAGUAGCAUGGAAUCUCAGAAGGUUUUGAUGGAGUACUACAUUCCUGAUUACAUGCUUUUGUCUGAAAUAGAAGCAACAACGUCCUAUGCAGUACCUGCUUGCCCCAUCGUAGUGUUUAUCAAUUCUAGAAGUGGUGGCCAACUUGGGGGCGAACUUCUGCUGACGUAUCGUAGGCUUCUCAACCAAAAUCAGGUUUAUGAUUUGGGAGAAAGAUCUCCUGACAAAGUGCUACACCAGAUUUACUCGAACUUGGAAAAGCAUAAAAGGAAUGGGGAUAAUAUGUCUUUUGUAAUCGAGAACACACUGAGAAUCAUUGUUGCUGGUGGUGAUGGAACAGCUGGCUGGCUUCUUGGAGUGAUUUCGGAUCUUAAAUUAGCAUGUCCACCACCAAUUGCAACAGUACCUUUAGGAACAGGAAACAAUCUCCCAUUUGCAUUUGGCUGGGGGAAAAAGAAUCCCGGUACAGAUUGCAGCUCUGUGAAGCAUUUCCUGGAUCAAGUAAGAAAUGCAAAAGUGAUGAAAGUUGACAGCUGGCAUAUUCUUAUGCGAAUGAGGGCUCCUAUUGAAGGCUCUUGUGAUCCCAUUGCGCCCCUUGAGCUACCACAUUCACUGCAUGCUUUUAAGCGUGUCUCUCAAGCAGAUACAUUAAAUGAGGAGGGUUACCACACAUUUAGAGGAGGAUUCUGGAACUAUUUUAGCAUGGGGAUGGAUGCACAGGUUUCUUAUGCAUUUCACAGUGAAAGGAAGCUACAUCCUGAAAAAUUUAAAAACCAAUUAGUUAAUCAGACUAACUAUGCGAAGCUUGGCUGUACUCAAGGGUGGUUUUGGGCUUCUCUGACACAUCCAUCUUCGAAGAACAUUGCACAGCUGAGUAAGGUUAAAAUAAAGAAAAAAACCGGUGAUUGGGUCGAUCUCGAGAUACCAAGAAGUAUCAGGUCGAUUGUCUGCCUCAACCUGCCCAGCUUUUCUGGUGGUUUCAAUCCUUGGGGAAGUCCCAAUAAGAAAAAGCUCCAUGAGAGGGACUUGACUCCUCCAUAUGUUGAUGAUGGGCUGAUUGAGGUGGUUGGGUUUCGGGAUGCUUGGCAUGGCCUCGUUUUGCUUGCACCAAGGGGGCAUGGGAGACGACUUGCACAAGCACAUGGAAUUCGGUUUGAGUUUCAAAAAGGUGCUGCAGACCACACAUUUAUGAGGAUUGAUGGGGAGCCAUGGAAACAACCCCUUCCUUUGGAUGAUGAAACUGUUGUGGUGGAAAUUUCUCAUUUGGGACAGGUAAACAUGCUGGCUGCUCCCAGCUGCCGGUCUAGGAGUGUUCUUGCGCCCCCACCCCACACUCUUGACGACUCUGACGAUGAUGAUGAUGAUGAAUAUGAAGAGGAUGAAUCUGAUGAGAGGAGAAAGUUCGGUGCAGCCACUACUUUUCGCAUGCAGGAUGAUGGUCUAGAUGAUGAUGAUGAUAUGGAAAAACUCAAUAUGCAUAUAACAUGAGCUGUGCAUUUUCCAGCCAAUUUCUAGCUCUCUCAAUUAUUCCAAUUCCUUUAAUUUUUUCGUCCAACAUUUGAUGACUUAGCUUGCUGCUGGAUUAAACCGGAGUUACCUUUCACUAUGAUUGGUAAUUAGGCUGCUAACAAUCAAUUAAUAUUGUUGCUGUGUAUUUAAUAGGUUUUUUUUUUAUGUAACUAAAAUAGUUAGCCAGCUUUGUACAGCAGCUUAACCUAACACAUGUAAGAAUUGAUUUCCAAUGGUUGGAAUGUGUUUCACUUUUUUUACGUA